AUGUCAAGCAGACGACCUAAAAGGCCUUCUUCGGCUCGAAGAAACAUAAAGCAGGAAACAUUUUCAUCAUUUGUCAGUUCAAGUCGGCUCUGGCAUGUGCAGAGCAUAUUAAAAGGUGGAUCAAGAGCACAUGCAUCCAGUCCAGAUGCCAUCUUGUGUGUAACAGGCAUUGACAGUCGCUAUAAUGAUGGUUGUACAGAACUAGUGAACCAUCUUCUGUUUGGGUUCUUUGAAAACCGCAGGAAGGAAUUAGAAAGCUCUGGAUUUGCGGAAGAAACAAUUGAUGAUCUUCUUAUUCUGGUGAAACAUGACAGUGUUCACAUUUAUUGCAACCCAGUGAACUACCUGUACUUCCUGCCAUACAUUGCACACUGGAGAAACCUGAAAUUGCACUGCCUUCACCCUGAAAAGUAUGACGAAGACGAAGAGGAAGCUGAAGAAUUCAAGAUCCACAGCUUUAUUGCUAUGGUUAAAGAUUGCAAGACAAUUGGGAUUCCUUACAGUACCUGGGCACAUCCUCUGCCAUUUGACAAAUUUUCAAUAGAAAAGUGGCCAGUAAUACAAGCUUAUGCGCUGGAAGGGUUUGGAGGUGGUGGUUUCUUCACAAUGAAGCAUGAAGUAGUUGAUGUAAGCAAGGAGGUUGCGGAGCUGUACAGCAUCAUGGAUCCUGUGUCUGUUGAGAUGUUGGCGACUGAGCAUCUUCCAUUAUUUGAGCGCCAGUGGAAGACUAUGUUGACGACUGUGGAUGUGGAGGGGAAAUCAGGUAUUGCAGAGCUCACUGAGAGAAAAGUUUGUGAGCCUCUGAGAAGUUACUUCAGUCAUGGCCUUGUUGGAGCAAUUAAGACGGACAGUUUUGCCAGAUAUCCUUUUGUCCUGUUUGGCAAAAAUACAAACAAGAAGAGUUUAGAGGCAGUCAGGAAAGGAGCAGUUCAGAGCAGUGAUACAAUUCCAAGCUCAGAGGCUUCUCACAUGGUCUGCCAGGCUGUGUCACCUAAAGGUCCACUGAGCUGUGUGAGGACCUACUUCUUCCAGGCCAGCCAUAAACCUUAUCCAGUUUCCACAGACCUGAAGGUUACUCCUACUCCUGGACCCACUGAUAUCAGGCUGUUGACCAAGCUGUAUGUGUUUUUAGUGGAAGGCUUGCUGGCAGCUAUACUAACAUAUGCAAACUCCCUUAGUGUAGAGAAGGCUCAGAGUCAUUUGAUGGAAAUAGUGAAGAAACGCUGUGAUACCUCAGACACAGCAGUCAGUGCCACAUUUAUAUCACAAAGGGGCAAUUUCGAGUUCUCAAUUGAAGCAUAUGAUCACCAUGGAAGACCAGUGGUUUUAAAAGAGGGAGAAUCCUCCCCCCUGAUUAAACUUGCUACAGUUUACAUAUACAACAUCCCUAGCAUAGAACACAAUGGGCAGACUCUGGGAUCUGUGGGAUUUGCUGAAGCUUUCUUGGAGUCAACUAUCCCAGUUGUGCGCCCUCUUGUGGUGGACCUGUAA